CCCACAACACAGAACCUCACUUGAGACACUCCCCACUUAUUAACUUCAUUUUCGUUUCUCAGAGAAUUCCCAUGUCUCGCUUUCUGUUUCUCUCUCUCUCGUCUGCUCUCACUAGCUAGCCAUAUCCAUUAUAGACGCUGCAGAGUUUGUUCGCUUUGAUUUUUUGUUAAGAGCCGUCCUCGUCAUCAUACUUAGCACGUUCCAGUAUGGCCAUGGUCGAUCGUAUAAUUACACUUCCUGAGUUAGGAGUCCCGGCCAUCAUGCCGAGCUUUCGCAGGAUCGCACCUGAACUUGCGACGCCGGUGUUUGAAGACAAGAUUUAUAUUGCAGCUGGGAAGGACGUGAAAGAGGGCAAAGCGAAGAUUGUUUGGACGGUGCAUCAAUCAGGAGGCAAUGUCAAGAUCUGUAUCAUUCAUGUUCUAGUUCCUUCACAGACGAUCCCCAUGCGAGGCCUAGGUGCCGGAAUGCCUGCAAACUCGGCGAACGAGAUAAUGUUGAAAGAACACAGAGAAAACGAGAGGACAAACAUGCAUAAAAUCUUGGAUACCUACCUGCGCGUUUGUGAACAAAUGGGGGUACCGGCAGAGAAAGAGUACAUAGAAUCGGACAACAUUCAAAAGGGAAUUGUGGAGCUCAUACGUUUGCACGGGAUCAAAAAGCUUGUAAUGGGUGCAGCAGCAGACAGACGCUAUUCCAAGAAGAUGACAGAAAUCAAGUCCAAGAAAGCCAUCUUCAUUCGCGAAAAAGCGGACAUCUCUUGUCAAAUUCGGUUUAUCUGCGACGGGAACCUCAUUCACGCAAGGUCGUCCUCUGACUAUUUUACUCGUAAAUUUGUCUCGUUCGAAAUUAUCGAAUGCGCACAUGAAGGUGUAGUGAAAAAAAGAUCUACAACAAAUAAUCAAUUUGAAAAACAAAUCAGCCGAAUAUCGUGUUGCAAAGUUGAAUGCCAUAGGAUACCAAGAAGUUUAGUUUGGGAUGAUGCUGAGACAAACAAUUGUAUUCAUGGAGUGCUGUUUGGGCAGGAAAUUGUAAUAUCUCAUGGAGUGCUGUCUCGUGGAUGGAUAUUAUUGUUAGAAAUUAAACCAAAUUUGUCGAUACUUGUUUUUUUGUGA